AUGGCGGGCAUUGACCUCAACACCAUGGAGGAGGAGGAUGAGGCGGAAGCGGAGGCGCCGUCUGUGGCCACCAGGGCCGGUGGUGUUGUGUGCUUGGAGCUGUGGCACGCGUGCGCGGGACCCGUCGCGCCGCUGCCGCACAAGGGCAGUACCGUCUUGUACCUGCCGCAGGGCCACCUCGAGCACAUCGGCGGCGACGCGGAGAGGCGGGCGCGGGGGCCGGUUUGGGAGGACGAGGACGUGGGUUGCGACGGUGAGGACGGGGCCGCCAUGAAGCCGCUCGCACGGAUGCCUCACAUGUUCUGCAAGACGCUCACGGCCUCCGACACCAGCACGCACGGCAGCUUCUCUGCGCCGCGCCGCGCCGCCGAGGACUGCUUCCCACCGCUGGUACGGCCAGUAGCCCUGAAAGAGGUCCCCCUUCUCAUGGUGGUUUCGAGGUUGCUUGGGUUACUGACUUUGUUUGGGACCCCUAUUUGGUGUGGCAUGCAGGACUACAACCAGCAGAGGCCUUUAGUUGUGUUCAUUUGA